ACAACUCGCACAGUUCAUCAUAUAUAGUGUAGUCCUGCAACAGUGGCCAGGAUGGAGAAAAAGCGAGUGGUCAUCGUCGGCGCCGGCGUGAGCGGCCUGGCGGCGUGCAAGCACCUGCUGGAGCGCGGCUGCCGGCCGGUGGUCCUCGAGGCCGACACCGUGCUCGGCGGCGUGUGGGCGCGCACGCCGGAGUGCACCGCGCUGCAGACGCCGCGGCCCAUGUACCAGUACUCCGACUUCCCGUGGCCGGAGACGGUGACGGAGGUGUUCCCGGACCACCGCCAGGUGAUGGACUACCUCGCCGCCUACGCGCGCCGCUUCGGCGUGCUCGACUGCGUCAGGUUCGGCCACCGUGUGGUGGGCAUGGAGUACGCCGGCGUCGGCGAGGAGACCGUGGUGGCGUGGGAUGAGUGGGCUGGGAACGGCGACGCGUUCGGCUCCGGCGCCGGCGAGUGGCGGCUGGAGGUGGCCGACGCUGAGGGACAUGUUGAGACACACAAGGCGGAUUUUGUCAUUCUUUGCAUUGGGAGGUUCAGUGGAGUGCCCAACAUUCCAACAUUUCCUACAGGCAAAGGCCCAGAAGUAUUUGAUGGGCAGGUGAUCCACUCCAUGGACUACUCCAAGAUGGGCAUCAAUAAUUCCAAGGAGAUGAUCAAGGGCAAGCGUGUCACCAUUGUUGGCUACCUCAAAUCAGCACUUGACAUUGCUGCAGAAUGUGCAGAAGCAAAUGGUACUGACCAUCCAUGUACAAUGGUAGUCCGAACUAAGCAUUGGAUCAUACCAGAUUAUUAUGCCUGGGGUGUCCACAUCUCAAAGCUGUAUAUGAAUCGGUUUUCUGAGCUGCUUAUCCACAAGCCUGGUGAAGGUUUACUCCUUAGUAUAUUGGCCACCAUCUUGACUCCAUUGAGAUGGGUAUUUUCGAAGUUUGCAGAGAGCUACUAUUCCAUUCCAAUGAAGAAGUAUGACAUGGUGCCAGACCAUAGCCUGUUUAAGGCAUUAGUUGCAUGCUUGGUUGCUAUUACUCCCAAGGACCAUUACAAGAGGCUAGAAGAAGGCAGCAUUGUUAUUAAGAAAUCAAAGACAUUUAGCUUUUGCAAGGAAGGUGUGGUUGUUGAAGGUGAAUCUUUGCCGAUAAAGAGCGAUAUAGUGAUCUUUGGAACUGGGUUCAGGGGGGAUCAGAAGAUCAAGAACAUGUUCACUUCUGAAUACUUCCAGAGCAUUGCAGUGGGGUCAACAUCUACCACUGUACCUCUCUACAGGGAGUGCAUUCAUCCAAAGAUCCCACAACUUGCAAUUAUUGGGUAUUCAGAGAGCUUGGCAAACCUCUACACAACCGAGCUACGGGCCAAGUGGUUGGCACAUUUCAUGGAUGGUGGCUUCAGGUUGCCAAGCAUCGCUGCAAUGCAGAACGAUGUCCUGGAAUGGGAGAAGUUCAUGAAACGCUAUUCUCCCGGUUACUUUCGCAGAUCCUGCAUCGGAAUCCUUCACAUCUGGUACAAUGAUCAGCUAUGCCGGGAUAUGGGAUGCAAUCCGAGGAGGAAGAAGGGGUUUUGGUCUGAUUUAUUCGAAGUUUAUGGUCCAAGUGACUAUAUUAAUCUUCACUCCAAGAAAGAGUAGCACUGCUUUGAGCUUGCAUUCCAAUGGAAUAAUUUAAUUGUCUGAUCAUGCCGGUAAAUAUUAUUUGUACUUCAUGGCUUCUUGGAAUACUGCUGUUUUGCAUGGUCCAAGCUCAGCGAACCGUAUGUAUUGUAAGCUACCAUUGUGUAAUAUAAUGAAAUGGAUUUUAAUCUAUUGAGGGGCAUGAACCUUCAUUUCCUGCAUAUAGUCACAGUUGAAA